AAAUAAAAUAAAAUAAUGUUCUUCUCACGCAGUCGACAGUUCAUUUAACCCCAAUUUCCACUUCCACUCUCUCUCUCUCUCUCUCUCUCUGUGUCUUGGAAGCCAUGACCAGCUCCUCUGCCCCUUCACGCAAGGCUCUAAGCAAGAUCGCCUGCAAUCGGCUCCAGAAAGAGCUCGUGGAAUGGCAAGUUAAUCCUCCUGCAGGAUUUAAACACAAGGUUACUGAUAAUCUUCAGAGAUGGGUGAUCGAAGUCAACGGAGCUCCAGGGACUCUGUACGCAAAUGAAACCUACCAGCUUCAGGUUGAUUUUCCUGAGCAUUACCCUAUGGAGGCACCACAGGUGAUUUUUGUGCCCCCAGCUCCUCUGCACCCCCACAUUUAUAGCAAUGGCCAUAUCUGUUUAGAUAUCCUGUAUGAUUCAUGGUCUCCAGCCAUGACCGUCAGUUCCAUCUGUAUCAGCAUUCUAUCCAUGUUAUCAAGUUCAACUGUUAAGCAACGACCGGCGGAUAAUGAUCGUUAUGUGAAGAAUUGUAGGAAUGGUAGGUCUCCCAAGGAGACAAGAUGGUGGUUCCAUGAUGAUAAAGUGUAAUGGUAUUAAACAAGCUAAUACCAAUGUAUAAAAACGAGGGUUUGGGUCAGGGAUGGUGAAAAGUCGUGUACCCCUGAAAGCACCGACAACCCUUAACAUUUUUCAGAGUUGUGUAUGAUGUUUUGCAUAAAGAUUAAUGGUUUUUGAGUGGGUGGCCUUUGGUAACAAA